AUGAUCACACGGGCCAAGUCAGGUAUAUUUAGACCCAAGUUGGUAUCAAGUAUCCUUGAUCGUGUGCCUAUUGAACCAUCUUGCUUUACUGAGGCAAACAAACACCAAGUCUGGAAAGCUGCUAUGCAGCAAGAAAUCACUUCUUUAAACUCCCAGGGCACCUGGAAUUUAGUUUCCCCACCUCAAGAUGCCAAAAUCAUUGGCUGUAAAUGGGUGUACAAAGUUAAAUUACAUGCUGAUGGAACGGUUGAACGGUACAAGGCCCGCUUGGUGUCUAAGGGUUACCAUCAAACCCAUGGUCUUGACUUUCAUGAGACCUUUAGCCUCGUCAUUAAACCCACAACUAUUCGUCUUGUCCUCAAUAUUGCAGUAUCUCGGCAUUGGGCUAUUAAACAGUUGGAUAUUCAGAAUGCAUUUCUUCUUGGUGAUCUUGCUGAAACUGUUUAA